UUCCAUAAUACUCCGAUAUGAUUGGCUCAGUUCAGAGCAGGAAGUCAGGCUACACUGAAACAGAAACGCGCGUGUGGGCUGCAGGAUGGUGCGAUUCAAGUCGAGAUACCUGCUGUGCGAGGUGCGGAUGUCGGACCCGCCGUCCCUCCAGCUGCUGGACGAUCGCUCCGUGUUCACGGCCUUGAGGAACGCGGUCUCCCGAGCUCAUGGGGACUACGGAGCUGGGGUCUGCGGCCUCUCCUUCGCAGUGAAGUACCUGAACGCCCGGACAGGGGUGCUGUUCCUGCGCUGCCGCAAGAGCCACUACCGCCUGAUCUGGUCGGCGCUGCCCUUCGUCAGCAGCCUGGAGAGCCGGGGCCAGCGGCUGCCCUGCGCCGUCGACUGCCUGCACGUGGGGGGGACAAUCCGGACCUGCCAGAAGUUCCUGAUCCGGUACAACGCGCGCCAGAUCCAGCGCCUGCUGCCGCAGUGCCGCAGCGAGGAGGAGUGCGUGGAGGUGCGCAGGGCAGUGAUGAGCUGCUCGCUGAAGGAGCUUGAGGAAGAGGAGGAGGAGGAGGAUGAAGAGGUCUGCUGACUAAACCAGGUGCUGGCAGAACAGCGGGAGGAUGAGCCCCGAGAGCUGCCUUGGCCCGGCCCUGCUCGGCUCACUCUCGGCACCAUGUCUCGUGAACUAGACUCCCUGCACCCGGCUGAGGAACCUCAGUCUGGCUGGGGGUCAAGAGUCCCCCCUUCUAACUACUGUUCACAGAUGCUCCUGGAUCAGUACUGUCCAGUCACUGCUGUGGUGUCCAGCUGUAGGCCAGCAGUUUUCUGGCAGGAGGGUCUCUCAACAGCAUCAUAACCCCCUCCUGGCACGCGUCUUGGUCUUUAAAGAUUCCAGACUGAUGGGGUCGGGUAGCUUGUAAAAAAAGAAGCUGGAGUUGAAGACUCUAUGUAGUGCUUGUGCUGAAUGGUUCGUCAGUGUGUAUGUUUCUGUAGAGGGGUGAGGUUUCUGCAGGGCAGGGUCCAGAGCCGUUGGUUUUUAAUGAAGAAUCUCAACAGACUGCCCGUUGCUUCAUGCAUUAGAUAAAUACAUUUAUUGUAAAAAGGCAGCAGUCUGCAUUGAUUGUAUGUUCACUACCAGUUGAGUAACUACAGCUCUAACCAGUUCACUACCUUUCUAAAAACCCUGAAAGUUCCCCUUAUUAAAUUGUACCCUCACUAAA